CCCUUUCCCUCUCUCCUUCUCUAUUGGUAAUCUUGCUGCCCUUUCCUCUCUCUCUCUCUCUCUCCACCCCUUCUCUAGGCUAACUAAACCAGAUAGUAGCCCACUUACCCUUUUUUUUUCUUUUUAUCUAUUUAGUGACUUUAGACUUGAGGCCAGGAGGAUGCCAAAAAAGCAGACCAAUCUGGAGAAGAACUUGGAAGCUUAGGAACCCUUCACAGGGUCAGAGAUUUAGGGAUAUUUUUACCAAGAAAUUUGAUGAUAGGGAGGAGCUACAGUCCUGUGACAUAGAAGGCAGCUGGGAAUUCCUGCGAGAUAGCUUGCUGAGUGCCACAGACCAAAUCUGUGGCAAAGUCCCUUCCAGACCUAGGGUAACAUGGUGAUGGAACAAUACUGUAGACAGGGCCAUUAGAGCAAAGUAACAGGCUUGGAAUGCCUGGAAAAGUCAGGGUAGCAGGAGAAUGUAUCAGAUAGCCAAAAGGGAAGCUAAGAGACAGGUAUAUAUGGCCAAGAAAGUAGCAGAAACGAAGUUUGCCAAUGUUCAGCAACGUGAGGACCAGAGAACUGAAGUAUUUUGGAUUGCAAGACAGUGUUUUAGAGAAAACCAUGAUGUCAUAGGAGAGAAAUGUGUCCACAUGGAUGAUGGUACCAAUGUGUUUAAUGAUUCUGCAAACAAGAAGGCUUGGAGAAGCCAUUGUGAAACACUGCUGAAUGUGGAGAAGGAAUGAGAGGAGGAGAGUCUGCCAAAGGUUGACCAAUUGAGGGAUCAGCUAUCUGAAUCGACAGUACCCAGGUAGAUAAAGCAAUUAAGGAUAUGAAGACAAGGAAAACACCUGGCCCAACAAGAAUCACUGCUGGGAUGCUUAAAAUAUCGGGCGGUGUGGGUUAUGGUCUAGUCACCCACGUUGUAAAUCAGGUAGUUCAUGAAGGAGUCAUACCCAAUGACUGGUGUAGCAGCACCAUAGUCAACUGCUACAAGGGUAAAGGUGAUGCUUUAGAUAGAAAUAACUACAUGGGUAUCAUAUUAUUGGAUCAGGUAAUGAAAGUUACAGAGACAGAGUUAGCCCAGAUGAGAUGCAGUUCAGUUUUUUAAAGGCAGAAGCACUACUGAUGCUAUAUUUCUGUUAAGGCAACUGUGGUAGAAAUACCUAGCCAAAGAUAAACCUUUGUACUUAGCUUUUGUUGACUUGGAGAAAGCCUUUGACAGGGUCCCCCGAUCCCUUAUCUGGUGGUCAAUGCAGAAACUGGGGAUAGACGAGUGGCUGGUAAGAGCUGUACAAGCCCUGUACAGGGAUGCUGUCAGUAAGGUGAGGGUCGGCAACGAGUAUAGUGAAGAAUUCCAAGUAGAAGUAGGGGUUCACCAAGGAUCAGUCCUCAGCCCCCUCUUAUUCAUUAUAGUCCUCCAGGCAAUAACAGGAAUUCAAGGCAGGCUGCCCCUGGGAGUGUCUCUAUGCUGAUGACUUUACUCUAACAGCUGAUUCACUGCCAGAACUAGAAACGAAGUUGGAUCAGUCAAGUGAUUUAUCCUAUGUAUGUAAUUUAUUAGUUUCUUUUGCAUAUUCUUAGUUUAUGCAUGUGUAUGCAAAUAUAGUAUUGGUAUAGCCCAUUUAUGUUCAUUAGAAAUUAAAUAAAUUAAAUAAUUUUGACAUCUACGAAUAUUUAUUUCCCCUCCACUGUAUAUACAUGUAUGCGUACAGGUGAUUGAGUGUGCGUAUAUGUAUGUAUUCAAGUAUAUCAUCUUACAGAUACAUGUUUACCUACAUCAAUACUGUUUUCCAGUGCGAAGAACCAAAACUGCAGAAACUCUCUCUUGCAGGCUGUGAUCUUAGUUUGGAAGAUGGUAACCUUUUAGUACGUCUGCCAUACUUUGCCACACGGUUACAGACACUGGAUCUUUCAAGCAACCCCCAGUUUGAGCAACCUAUUUUAUUACAGCUUCUACAGAAUGCUUCCAGCAAUGCUGAAUGUGCCCUUGAACAGAUUGUUAUGAUAGACUGUGGAAUCUCCAGCCCCCUCACAUCAGACUUGCUUGACAGCUUGGGUAACAAGCUUUCAGCAACCAUCCCAUUGGUAAAAUUGCAUUUCAGCUGUGUAAAAUUAGACACUGUUGACCAAAACAGCUUAAAGCAAGUUUGGUGUGGACAUUGGGGGGACCUUGCUGUUUGUAACUUCCACAAAGGUGAUAUAGUUCAGUUGUCUGUACGAAAUAAUGUAUAUUAAUUGAAAUGUGUGUGUGUGUGUGUGUAUGUAUAUAUAUUAAUUUAUGUAUAUAUUAAUAUUAUCUCAGUUGAAAAAAAACUUCGAUAAUGAAAAUAUGUUAAUAGUUACCAGGAUAGCAAAAAUUACACGCAAACUGGAAUAUCAUACCCGGUUAAUAGGUAGAAAUACCAAGUUAAAGUGAUGUAUUUUGAGUAGAUAUGAAGAAUAAUAAUAAAUGGAGCA